AUGGCACCAGGCAGAAGGGAUGCGUGCCGUGGGCGGGGGGCAGUGGGAACGUGUGCCACAGCCCAGGCUGCCCUCUGCAAGGCCACGGCCGGACACCGGCAGCUGGUGCUGCAGCUCGGGGGGAGCGGUGACGGGCCCCGACUGCGAGAGGAGCGAGGCAGGAGGAGCGCAGAGGCCUGUGAGCUCAGCAUGGGGCUGCGGUGGACGCUGCUGGCGGGGCUGCGGCAGGGCCCGGCCAGCCCUCGGGAGCGGCAGGAGCUGGAGCGGCUCUGGGUGCUCUUCCUCUCCGCCCUGGAGCUCUUCCUGCAGGACCUGUACAGAGCCCAGCACCUCUGCCAGCUCUUCUCCCUGCAAGGGGGUGGUGUUGCCCCGCUGCGCACUGGGCUGGGGGGCUGGGGGCUGCCCAGCCGGAGAGGAGGGGGUCCCAUGCAGCCCCCCACCACCCGGAGCUUGGAGGAGGAGAUCGAGCAGGUGAGGGCCACGCUGGCAGAGAUGGAGAGCGGAGCCAACAUUCCACCAUGGACAGUGGAAGCCAGAGAGACCACACAGCCGGCAGAGACAAGCGGCGCCACAGAGAGAGCGGCCUGGGGAGGCGCCUGUGCUGGGCACUGCUGUGGGGUGCUGUGAGCUAGGGGGCAGGAGA